AUGUCGAGCAAUCCGGCUGACCCCCGGCGCCUAGAUGGUUCCGGGCCGUCUGGUGUGAAAUUGGCAAUCGGCCACAGGAGGGUGACCCACCAGGCUUCUUGUGGAAACUGGGCUACUGGUGGUAAACAACCCAAAGUACGACGAAAUCAACACAUAAAAAUAGGCACAUGGAAUGUCCGCGGUCUGCUACAACCAGGGAAGCGAGAGACAGUGGAAUCGGAAAUGCAAAGAUGCGGAGUAGAUAUACUGGGCCUGAGUGAAACACAUCUCAAAGAUAGUGGUCACUUCGAAACUGGUAAUGGAAACAUGAUAUUCCUUGCUGGUAACGGUGAAAAGAGCAACAAUGGAGUUGGGUUUAUUGUUACAAAGAACCUGAAGAACUGUGUACUAAGUUAUAAGGCGAUUGAUGACAGAAUAAUCAGGAUUAGAAUUGGUGCCCGCCCGCACACCCUAAACAUUGUCCAGGUGUAUGCGCCUACAACCGAGUGUACGGAGGAGGAAAUCUCUGAUUUCUACGCAAAGCUUGAGACAGUCUGCUGUGUGAGACCGAGGAAGGAAACUACCGUCCUGCUGGGCGACUUUAAUGCAAAAGUGGGAGAAACUACGCACGAUACACACCUUAACCAAACAGUAGGAAAGCACGGUUUGGGAGUCCGCAAUGAGAGAGGAGAAAUGCUUCUGCAAUUCUGCAUAGGUAACCAAUUCACCAUCAUGAAUACUUGGUUCAAGCAACAUCCACGGAAGCUAUAUACGUGGAUGUCACCAGGAGGUGCAUACCGAAACCAAAUUGACUACGUGUUAAUUGACACCAGAUGGCGCUCAUCCAUUACUAAUGCCAAGACACUACCCGGGGCGGACUGCGGAAGCGACCAUCAGUUGCUGGUUGCGGAGUUUAAAGCCCGGCUCAAAGUCGUCUAUAAAGCCAGUAACAACAAAGCACUGCACAUGCACGCUGAUGCAAUAUCGCAGUUCAAGCAGGACAUGCACACUAGGCUUUUGGGAAUGGAGACGGAUUCAACAGAAUCAGCCAAUGAUAUGUGGGUCAGACUAAAAACAGCCGUAAUAGACUCUGCGGAGACCAUUGUACAACAACGCAGGGGUCCGCGUAGUAGAUCUGACUGGAUGAGCCAAAAGACCUGGUCCGCCGUCCUGCGCCGCAGAACAUUAAAAGAGAAUGGUCUAAGCACUGAAGAUGAUAGAAGGCACUACCACGAGCUGCACAGAACUGUCCAAAGACUCUGCCGUAAGGACAAAGAUGCAGAAGUGGACAGAGUGUGUCAGGAGAUCGAGGAGUCAUCCAACAAGGCACACACAAAAGACAUGUUCUGUAAAGUCAAGUCACUGACAAAUGACAUUAAGGGGCUACAUCCACCUAGAGGCCCGAAAAAUAAGUCAAAAUUCAGAUUUUUUUUCAGAAACUAUUAG